UACGGUCUGUCUAUACAUUGACUCGAACCUAACCAGUCUAAUUAGAAUGUUGUGUGCAAGUCGACCAUGUCUUUCGAUACUGCAACUUCCUGGCCACCGGGCCUUCUCACCAUUUUCGACCAUUGUCGUAAUAGGCCGACUGCCCUCGAGAAUCGGUACUAUGGACCCUUUGAUAAACUGCUGAACUAUUGCUUUGGGUCGUCUUUCGACUUCUACGUCGCUCCCCAAAAUCCACCGACGAAGCUUAGUCGCGAUUCCAUCGUGUUCCUUGUAGUUCGCGAUAGGAACGACAAGCCGGUCCUCCUCGUUGAAAUCAAAGAUGACGGCUGGGCCCAGAAGGCUGAGCUACGGUACCGCGCAGACAUCCAGAUGCGCGAACGGUAGGCGUUGAUGCUCGAUGAAUGCCCCCUCCCCCAACUCUGGGCUAUCAGCGUCCUUGGGACAUCCAUGCGCGUUUAUCGCGGUGACACAGCAACAUAUGACGUUGUUCCUCCGGCCGUUCCGCGGCCUCAGCCGCAGACACGCAUCCUAUCGCCCAGUUACUUAGCAGAUGGAUGGGAUUUGGACACACUGUCGGUGGAAGGGUUCAACAAGAUGAAGGAAAUCGUAAACGACAUCCUGGCUCACCGCGGUAACAUCGUGGGUUGACGAGCAGGGUGUGUUUUUUCAUUGCUCUUUUCAUAUAUGCCACGAGGAGAAUGUGCUGUAUCGUAUCGCUACGCGGGGGAGAUCGUGUUGUAUUGUAUCGCUAAGUCUACAAUGGAGUUCCGUGC